GAGGGCUUCUAGGGUUCCUACCUUUUCCAAACACAACUCUCACUCUGAAAUGCUCUCCACCUUUUCUACCAAAGACUCUCUCUACUUUUCCUCUCUACGAAUCCAUUAGGUUUCCGGCGGAGAGAAUUGACGGUGGAUCACCAACAUAAGGAUGAUUUUUUUGUACUUUUGUCAUGCAUAUUAGUCUGUCCUGGGACUAAAGAGGAAACAAUUCAUCAAGGUCUUUGCUUGAAUGGAUUCACCUGAACGUAGGAGCUAUGGGAAACGUGACAUAGAGGAUAAUUCAGAUGUGAAAAGUGAAAGAGCCCGGGAUGAUGAAGAAUGGGAGGAUAGCGAUAAGAGGAAGCACAGAUCAAGUAAGUCAAAAAAGCCUAGCAAUGGAGAAGAAACUGAAGGAUCAGGAGGUGGAAGAAGGAGAAGUUCUGGCGAAAGGAAUGAAAGCCGAAAAAGGUCAGGUGGCUCUAGAGCUGGAAGUGAUGAAGAUGAUCAUGAAAUAAAAAAGGACUCCCGUUCUAAGCAGAUGAAGAAAAAACAAGAGGAAAGUGCUUUAGAAAAGUUGAGCAGUUGGUACCAAGAUGGAGAAUUGGAGAACAAGCAAGAUGGUGGAGAUAAGGCAGGAAGUAGAGGGCAUGGUCGAGCUGAUGAAGGUGAGAGAAGGAAAAUGGCCUCAAAGUUUGCAGACCAUGAGGGUUCCCAGAGAAGUAAAAGCAAAGAAGAAAAAUCUCGUGAUGGAGAGCUUGAAAAAGUAAUGGAGAGAGAUUCCAGGCAUUCAGACAGGAAAGAAACCAACCGAGAGAAAGGCCAUGGAUCUUCUGAUCAGGUGAGAAACCCAAGGAGAAGAUGGGAUGAUGCAGAUUCUGUUGUGAAAGGGGAAGAAAGUAAUUAUGAAAAAGCUGAUUUGAGAAGUGGGAAGGCUUCUGAUCCCAAGAAUGAGGGUGCUAAAGAGAGAAAUGCGUCUGCAAGAGCUGAACCCACUGAGAGCAAAAACAGAGGCAUAGAUUCAAACAGCGACAAGGGUGUCAAAUCUAGCAACAAGGAAGAGAGAAGAAAUGAUGCUGAGAGGAGUAAGAGCAAAAACAGGGCAGAAGCUCCUGAAGAAGAUAAUAAAGCAAGUCCUCUGGCUCGUGAAGAUCGAUCUGGCAGGGAGAAAAAUGAGAAGCACAGACAGCAGCGGACUCCCACUGGUCGCGAUGUUGCUGAAAACCGGGAAAGGUCUUUCAAUACUGAUGAGGAUGGAAGUGUAUGGAUGAGAGACAAAAGUGGGAGAGAAGUUGGGCACUCUAACAGGUCAAGAACACCUGAGAGGAGUGGGAGACGGCAUCAAGGAUCAGAGAACUAUGAGACUGACUAUGAAAGAAGUGUUGGCCUCAAACGGAAGGAACUGGAAAAGGAUGGUUACAGGGAUGAUAGGUCAAAAGGCAGGGAGGAUAGCUGGGGUGACAGGAACAGGGAUCGAGAAGGUUCCAAAGAGAGUUGGAAAAGAAGGCAACCCAGCAGUAACGAUAAAGAGACAAAAGAAGGGGAUGUUGUGUACGAUCAUGGAAGAGACUGGGAGUUACCAAGACAUGCUCGGGAUAGGACUGAUGGGCGUUCUGGAAACAGGAAAGAUGGGAGCAGGGGUGAAGCUGUGAAAACGUCAUCAAAUUUUGGAAUUGCAAGUGAGAAUUAUGAUGUGAUAGAGAUUCAAACCAAGCCUCUUGAUUAUGGAAGAGCUGACAUGGGAUCCAACUUUGGCAGGCGAACUGAAGGUGGUCCUACAUCUGACAUGAAAUCAGCACCAAAUGCUGAGGAGUGGGCAUAUAUGCGGGAGGACAGGGCAAGAAGGACUGAUGUAUAUGGGUCUGGCCAGGCUGGUGAUGAUUUAAAGGAAAGAUAUAUAGAUGAUAGCACCCCUAUGCGGGAUCAGCAUUCUUGGAGAGAGGACAUUGACAUUCAGGGAGGGAAAGGAAGAGGUCAGAAAGGUGCUAUGUCUGGUCGUGCUGCUGGUGGCCAAAGUUCUAGUAGUGGUUCACAGCCUCCUUAUGGAAACCAGGAUCCAGGUUCUUUUAGUAGGGCUACUGCUCAAGGAGUAAAAGGGAAUAGGGUUGGGAGAGGAGGAAGAGGUAGGCCUACUGGGAGAGACAACCAACAGGUUGGAAUCCCAUUGCCUUUAAUGGGAUCGCCUUUUGGACCUCUUGGAAUGCCGCCACCUGGACCAAUGCAGCAACUUAACCCUAGUAUGUCUCCUGCUCCAGGGCCUCCAAUUUCGCCUGGUGUCUUUAUUCCACCAUUUUCUCCACCUGUUGUUUGGCCUGGAGCUCGAGCUGUUGAUAUGAAUAUGUUAGCUGUUCCACCUGGUCUCUCUUCUGUUCCUCCUGGACCAUCAGGUCCGAGGUUUUCGCCUAACAUAGGAACUCCACCAAGUCCUGCCAUGUAUUUUAAUCAGCCAGGCCCUGGAAGAGGGCUGCCUCCAAGCAUAUCUGGCCCUGGUUUUAAUGCUGCAGGAUCAGUAGGACGCGGACAGUCACAUGAUAAAGCCCCUGGGGGUUGGGUUCCUCCUAGAUCUGGUGGACCUCCUGGUAAAGCUCCUUCAAGAGGAGACCAGAAUGAUUACUCUCAGAAUUUUGUUGACACAGGUAUGCGGCCACAGAAUUUCAUCAGGGAGCUAGAGCUUACUAAUGUUGUGGAGGACUACCCCAAACUUCGUGAACUCAUACAGAAGAAAGAUGAGAUUGUUGCUAAAUCUGCUUCUCCUCCCAUGUACUACAAGUGUGAUUUACGGGAGCAUGCCCUGUCACCAGAGUUCUUUGGAACUAAGUUUGAUGUCAUUCUUGUGGACCCCCCUUGGGAGGAAUAUGUUCAUCGGGCUCCUGGUGUUGCUGACCAUAUGGAGUACUGGACCUUUGAAGAAAUUUUAAAUCUUAAGAUUGAGGCGAUUGCAGAUACACCCUCUUUCAUAUUUCUUUGGGUGGGUGAUGGUGUGGGCCUUGAGCAGGGCCGUCAAUGUCUAAAAAAGUGGGGAUUUCGAAGGUGUGAAGAUAUAUGUUGGGUAAAGACAAAUAAAACUAAUGCAACUCCAGGCUUGCGCCAUGAUUCUCAUACUUUGUUUCAGCACUCAAAGGAACACUGCUUGAUGGGCAUUAAAGGAACUGUUCGUCGGAGUACCGAUGGUCAUAUCAUCCAUGCCAACAUUGACACAGAUGUAAUUAUAGCUGAGGAACCUCCUUAUGGUUCAACUGCAAAGCCUGAAGACAUGUACCGGAUAAUUGAGCAUUUCUCUCUUGGCCGUCGGAGGCUUGAGCUCUUUGGUGAAGACCACAAUAUUCGGUCUGGGUGGCUGACUGUUGGUAACGGAUUAUCCUCAUCAAAUUUUAAUGCUGAGGCAUAUGUCAGGAAUUUUGGUGAUAAGGAUGGGAAAGUUUGGCAGGGAGGUGGAGGACGAAAUCCUCCUCCAGAGGCGCCCCAUCUUGUCAUGACAACCCCUGAAAUAGAGUCUCUUCGACCCAAGUCGCCAAUGAAGAACCAGCAGCAACUGCAGCAGCAGCAGUCGACCUCCAUUUCUCUGACAACAGCUAAUUCAUCAAACAAAAGGCCGGCUGGUAACUCACCCCAGAAUCCAAAUGCUCUGAGUAUGAACCAAGAAGCUUCUAGCUCUAACCCAUCAACUCCUGCUCCUUGGGUUUCACCAAUGGAUGCCUUCAAAGGACGGGAGACCGGCAAUAUGUCUUCAGAGGAUAAGGGUGUUGACAUUUAUGGGUAUAACACAUCUUUUGGACAGAUAAAUGGAGACUAUUUAGAUUUUGAAGGUCAUAGAGGAAUGAAUUUGUUGUAACAAAAUAUUCAGCAUUGGUUUCUGCUGCUAUGUUGCUUGUAACAUUUUUUUUUUUUCCUCUAAUGAUAUAAAAAAAGGGAAAAGAAAUGCCUUCACAUUCCA